UCCUACCAAAAAAAAAAAAUUUCUUUACAUAAUAAUUCGUCUGUCAAAAUAUUAAAAAAAAAGUUAAAAUUGAGAAGAAACCCCUAGUUCUGGGAACACUGGUGCAGCUUGUCCAACUUCAUAUCUGGCUUGUAGAAGCUUCAAAGUCUAUUAUCAGCACCAAUAGGAAUAACGAGAAACCAAAACAAAAAACCCUCCUCUCGAUUUCCAUCUCCUUUCAAAUAUGCAAUUUAAUCUUAAUCUUCGUAUUUUAAAGAAUAAAACUUUAUACGGCUAUAACUCCACCGCUAAAGCCAUUACAAAAUCCUAAUUAACCCAUUUCUUCAUUCCCAAAAAAGCCCAAAUUUCCCCCAGUUCUUUAUUAUUGAUGGCAACAGAAGCUACAACAACAAAGUUCCAAAAUUCAGACUUCCGACCAGUGCCACAGCCGCCGGAUUUCCACCCGGAAUUGACAGUGAGUCCCCACGACGGGCUCCACUUUUGGCAGUUCAUGGUUGCUGGCUCCAUCGCCGGCUGCGUUGAGCACAUGGCUAUGUUCCCUGUUGACACUGUCAAAACCCAUAUGCAAGCCCUCGGCUCUUGCCCCAUCAAAUCGGUGGGUGUAGGUCACGCGCUCCGUUCCAUCCUCAAGUCCGAAGGACUCCCGGGCUUAUACCGGGGGAUCGGGGCCAUGGGUCUCGGGGCUGGCCCUGCCCAUGCCGUCUACUUUUCUGUAUACGAAGUUUGUAAAAAGUAUUUUUCGGGUGGGAACCCGAAUAAUUCGGCGGCUCAUGCGGUUUCCGGUGUUUUCGCGACGGUUGCUAGCGACGCCGUUUUUACCCCUAUGGAUAUGGUGAAGCAGAGGUUACAGUUGGGAAAUAGUACUGCUUAUAGAGGGGUAUUGGAUUGUAUAAAGAAAGUUUUGAAAAAGGAAGGUUUUGGGGCGUUUUAUGCUUCCUACAGGACGACGGUGCUCAUGAAUGCGCCGUUUACGGCUGUUCAUUUUGCAACUUAUGAGGCGGCGAAAAGGGGUUUGAUUGAGAUUUCACCAGAGAGUGCAAGUGAUGAGCGGGUGAUUGUCCAUGCCACGGCUGGUGCUCUUGCUGGGGCCUCUGCUGCGGUUGUCACUACGCCGCUUGAUGUAGUCAAAACUCAGUUGCAGUGUCAGGGUGUAUGUGGAUGCGAUAGAUUUAAGAGUACUUCCAUUAGGGACGUGAUUAAAACAAUAGUGCAAAAAGAUGGCUACAAAGGCCUCAUGAGGGGAUGGAUUCCUCGAAUGCUCUUUCAUGCUCCUGCUGCAGCAAUCUGCUGGUCUACAUAUGAAGCCGCAAAAACUUUGUUCCAAGAUCUCAAUGGUAGCACUGAAAAUGGCACUGUCACCUGAAGUACCAUAAGGAAAUUCCUGUUAAUGUAUGCUGCAGCUGCAUGACCAACACCUCAAGUGAUGGUGGAAAGCUUUUCUUCACAUGAUGGAUGGGUAAGCUAGACAUCCUUUCAUGGAUGUCAACACUCUAUUUAAUUGGCAUCCAUAGAAUGUAUACAUUGCUAUUUAUUGUAAUCAAUUGCAUAAUAAAUGUUGAGUCAGAAUCCCAUCAAAUCGUCAUCUGUCAUAAGUUUUGUUUUUGGUUUCAUGACAAUGUAAGGCAAAAUUGCAUCAAAAAGUUUUGAUUUUUACCCAAAA